AUGGCUUUCGAGCCACAAUCGAUCUCUACUAGUAGCAGAAACACUACGGCCGCAAGGCGAACAACAACUACUUCAAGGCCACAGACUCGCAGCAGGUCGCGCCCCAGGACUGCGGCAACCUCCACCAGCUACAGUGACAAUGAAAUCAUCUGUGCAGUCAGCGAAUCACGCGGUGUAUCUCCUACCAUUGGCCUCUCCUUUGUUAACGUUUCCACUUCUGAAGCUGUCCUUUGCCAAUUUACCGACACUCAAACCUAUGCUCGUACAUGCCACAAAAUCAAAGUCUUUGCUCCCUCUGAAAUUAUCUACAUGAAGACUGCCAACGAUUCGAAUCUCAUUUCGAUUGUUGCCGAGAACCUCGAGGUGCAAAGGACUAAUAUUGCCAUGACCGGGAUCGAGCGUAAAUACUGGUCUGAAACCAGCGGUCACGAUUAUGUCCAUUAUCUGGCCUUUCCCGACGAUCUGGAAUCGUUGAAGUUGUCUAUCACAGGAAAUUACUUUGCAACAUGCUGUUUUUCGGCAGCUUUGAAAUACAUCGAUCUGACCAUGGAGUUGACAUUCGCUCCGCAAACGCUGCGGAUUAGGUUCGAGCCUUCGGAAGGGUCGACAAUGAUAGAUCUCUCCACAAUGGCUUCCCUUGAACUGAUCCAGAAUCUCCAGAACGGCCAGUCCCGAGACUGUCUCUUCGGGUUGUUGAACCAGACUUUGACGCCAAUGGGCGCUCGCUUCCUUCGAAGCAACGUUCUGCAACCGUCGACCGAUGCGGAAAAGAUCAGAAAGAGACAGCAAGCUCUCAGCGAACUUACAUCGAAGGAAGACAUGUUCUUUACAGUCCGAUCCGCACUCAAAUCUUUUAUUGACGCCGAUCGUGUGCUAGCCGCGCUUGUUAUCAUUUCAACAAGGCAAGAUUUUCAUUUCAUGGAACAAUCAAUCAACAAUGUUCUCAUGCUCAAGAUGCUUGUGGAUGGCGUCAAACCAAUCUGGCAGGCUCUUGCUGGAGCAAGCAGUGAAGAGCUCCAGAUGAUACGUCAACUUUGCGAUCAAGAGAAUUACAUGGAAGUGGAAAGUUUGCUCGGACGUUGUCUCAAUGCUGACGUGUGCUAUUCAUCUAAACCACUCGAGCUACGAAACCAGAGGGUCUAUGGCAUUCAGGCCGGGGUCAAUAGUUUCCUGGACGUCGCUCGUCAGGCAUACAAGGAGCUCAACGCAGAUGUCUACGAUAUGUUCAAUCAGCUCAAAGAAGAGGGUGAAAUUGCCAUCGAACUCAAAUACGAUUCCAACAGACAAUACUACCUCCGUUUCCCAGCUAGCGAGAUCGAAGACAAAUCCAUCCCCGAAAUAUUCAUCAAUACCUACUAA